AUGGCCAAAGAAGGUGGUUGCCUUUGCGGCAAGAUCCGCAUCUCGACUGAGGGCGAGCCUAUAAACAAGAUGCUCUGCCACUGUCUCGACUGCCACAAAAUCUCAGGCUCAGCUUUCAGCUCCAACGUCAUCGUGCCCGCUGCCGGCUUCAAGGUUCUGUCCGGGACGCCCAAGACUUACUCCGUAGUUGGCGACUCAGGCCAUGAGAUAACGUCGCACUUCUGCGGCGACUGCGGAUCAACUCUGUGGCGCAUCGGGAAAAUCUCCGACUUUAACCCAAUCCUCAAAGCUGGUGUUAUAGACGACCCGGACUUCUUCAAUAAGGACGCCAAGCCAAUCAUAGAAUUGUACUCGCAUAGGCGGGUGGAUUGGGUUAAGGAGAUUCCUGGCGUAACUCAGACUUGA